AUGGAAGAGGAGAGGGAAGAGGAGAGGGAAGAGGAGAGGGACGAAGAGGUGAGGGAGGAGGUGGAGAAGGAACAGGAGUGGGAAGAGGAAGGGGACGAGAAGUGGAAAGAGGAGUUAAAAGAGAAGUGGAAAGAGGAGAGGGAAGAGAAGAGAGAAGCGAGAGAAAAUGAGAAAGAAAGCGCGAGAGGCCACGCACUUGGUGAUGGAGUUGUCGAAGAUGUUGAGGAACUGCUUGAGCGAGUUCUGGUACAUGGCGUUCACGUUGCUCAUCUCGACGAUGAGGAAGUAGAGCAGCGAGCCGCGCGACGCCACCGCGCGGAACUCCUCGCGCGCCACCGUGAUCUUGCGCUCCGUGUGCGCCGCCACCUUCAGCUUCUGGUUCACCUCCUCCGCCGUCGUCUUCGUCUCCUGCAGCACCUGGAUCAGCGCCUCGUCGUCCACCAGCGACCCCUGCGCGCACGCCACAAGCCAAUGGCGGUUAAGCUUACGCCCCUCGCCAUUUCGCCCGCCAGGCGCUACGUCGCCACGACAGACGGCACAGCCGGCAGCGCUGGAGCGGCGGCAGCGUUUGGGGCUGCGUGCGUCCCCCCCUCCCCGCGCCAUCCUCUUGCACGGAGCCCGGGCGGGCCCUCGCUCACUGGGGGAUCGGCUUCCUUGCGGAAGAUUGCUUUGCGUGCCCUGUAUUGA